AAAAGUUUGUGAUUUUAAAUGACAUUUUUACCGAUUUGGUAUGCGUAUUCCUUCCACACCUGAUAAUGAUUAAAAGGAAGAAAUGAAAAAAAAAAUGGUGAAUCUUUUUGACACGGUUAAAGGAGAAGAGACGAUUUGCAUCAAAAGAUACGAGGACGAGAGAGGCAACAUUAUCCCAAAACCAAAAAUGCUGACCAAACCCGUCACAGCCACGUGUCAUCCCGAUCUCUUCUUUGGCUGUCAUGAGGAACGUUCGAUGCUCUGCUCACCGGUCGUAUCUUUAUCCUCAAUCCUCAUCAUCAUCUUCCUCGAAACGUGCGACACACAAAACCCAAGUAUAAAGAUCACACCUUUCAAUCUUAAAUAUCUCUGAAUCAAACUCAUUUGGUGGGCAGAGAGAGAGAUAAGAGAAAGAUUCAAAAAGAUGGAUCACGCAGCUGAUGCUCACCGUACUGAUUUGAUGACCAUUACGAGAUUUGUGUUGAAUGAACAAUCCAAGUAUCCUGAGUCUCGUGGGGAUUUCACGAUUUUGCUUAGUCAUAUCGUUUUGGGAUGCAAAUUCGUUUGCAGUGCUGUUAAUAAGGCUGGUUUGGCUAAGUUAAUUGGACUUGCAGGGGAAACAAACAUUCAGGGUGAAGAGCAAAAGAAGCUUGAUGUGCUCUCCAAUGAUGUCUUUGUGAAAGCUUUGGUUAGCAGUGGAAGAACUUCUGUUCUUGUCUCUGAGGAAGAUGAGGAAGCUACGUUUGUGGAGCCAUCCAAGCGUGGAAAGUACUGUGUUGUUUUCGAUCCGCUUGAUGGAUCCUCGAAUAUCGACUGUGGUGUUUCCAUUGGAACAAUUUUUGGAAUUUACACCUUGGACCACACUAAUGAGCCAACCACUGAAGAUGUUCUGAAACCUGGGAAUGAAAUGGUGGCAGCGGGUUAUUGUAUGUAUGGAAGCUCUUGCAUGCUUGUGUUGAGCACUGGAACGGGUGUCCACGGAUUUACCCUGGACCCAUCUCUCGGAGAGUUCAUACUAACUCACCCGGACAUUAAGAUUCCAAAGAAGGGAAACAUUUAUUCAGUGAAUGAAGGCAAUGCGCAGAACUGGGAUGGUCCAACUACGAAGUAUGUAGAGAAAUGCAAGUUCCCUAAAGAUGGUUCACCCGCAAAGUCUUUGAGAUAUGUUGGAAGUAUGGUAGCUGAUGUUCAUCGCACGCUACUCUAUGGAGGAAUCUUCUUGUACCCGGCUGACAAGAAAAGCCCCAAUGGGAAAUUGCGUGUCUUGUAUGAAGUCUUCCCCAUGUCGUUUUUGAUGGAGCAAGCCGGAGGUCAGGCCUUUACAGGCCAGAAAAGGGCGCUAGACCUUGUCCCGGAGAAGAUCCAUGAGCGUUCUCCGAUAUUUCUUGGUAGCUACGACGAUGUAGAGGAGAUUAAGGCUCUGUAUGCUGAGGCUUAAAAGAAGAACUUAAACUUCCCAUUCUCAAUGUCUGUCUCUGUCUCUCUUACUUCUAUAAAUCUUCUUCUGAUGAGACAAAACAACAUGACUCAUUUAUCUGCCAUAAUGCACAUAAAAGUUCUCUUUCUUUUAUAUC